CGUUGGCCUAGACGUGGCACAGAGGAGGAGCUGCGCCCACUCUGGUUCUUCUCUGGCACUUCCCGGUGUGUUCUUGGCGUGUUACCGGCUGUGAUCAGUAGCUGCUCCCGGACGAACCGGACGAACUCUCUCCGCUGCUGAACCGGGACUUUGCAGUGAAAUGGGCUUAACGAUCUCCAAUUUGUUCACCCGGUUAUUCGGGAAGAAACAGAUGAGGAUCCUGAUGGUUGGUUUGGACGCAGCGGGAAAAACAACGAUUCUCUACAAACUGAAGCUCGGAGAGAUCGUUACCACCAUCCCAACUAUCGGUUUUAACGUGGAGACGGUCGAGUAUAAAAACAUCUGUUUCACAGUCUGGGACGUCGGUGGUCAAGACAAGAUCCGACCUCUGUGGAGACACUACUUCCAGAACACGCAGGGUCUGAUCUUUGUGGUCGACAGUAAUGACAGUGACCGAAUCGCUGAGUCGGCAGAGGAGCUCUCCAAGAUGCUCCAGGAGGACGAGUUGAAGGAAGCGAUUAUUCUCGUGUUCGCCAACAAACAGGAUCUUCCAAACGCCAUGAUCAUCAGCGAACUCACCGAUAAACUGGGCCUGCACAGUCUACGCAGCAGAACUUGGAACAUCCAGGGCACCUGUGCCACGCAGGGCACGGGUCUGUACGAGGGCCUGGACUGGCUGUCGAGUGAGCUGGAAAAGCGCUAGAUCGGCUGACAGGAAAUGGGAAGCCAGUGUACAAACGGAGGAGGAGGAGGGGCCACUUUUCACAGGACUGUUUUUUUGUUUGUUUGUUUGUUUUGUUUUUAUUUUUAAAUUAUAAACGUGUGUGUGAGCAGGAGGAAGUGAUUUCACAGACUCUUGAGCUCACCUGGUUUCCAUCGUUCUUACUCUUCUGUUUAAUCUGUUCCUUUUUAAUCCGCAUGUUUUAUCAACUCGUUUUGACAGGAGGGGACGGGGUUAGUGGUGAUAUAUACUGUGUGGCAGGUGGGCGGGGCUCCCGAUCACCUGAUGACUGAAUCAGCCACAGAGCCUCAUCAUUCCUUAUCAAUGUGAAGAAGAAACGGAGAUGAUGAUGCAAUAAAGUUUGUUUUUCUUCA